CGGUGACGGACAAGCGCCUCCUUCUGGUCAGCCGGACAUCGAGUUAAGCUACCUGCAUUGUUGUGCAGUGCCAGAGGCUUGGAAUAAUUUGCAUCCCACACUGACCCAGCACACCGUGACCGAGCCUGAAUCAGUACCUAGUAGUGGUCACUCUCACCGAUACUCUCAACGAUCUGAAUCCUACCGACAUCCUACUAACGAGUCCUCCUUGUAGUAGCAGCGGGCUCAUCCACUACUCGCGCCCUCGCUAAUAUGGUCUUUGUUGAUCAAUUCUUGCACCGCCCGAGCGAUCAACGGUGUGUCUAUUUUGACCUGUCCAAGGCCACUACUCCGACAGCCAGUUAUGAAACCAUCAGUUGCUAGCAAAUCUACGUCCACCCAGCCGAAAGACCCUGCGCUCCUCGCGUGCUGAAUCCGCACUGCUCCUUGCAUUUCCUGCACUUCCAGUUGGACACUGGAGUCGAGAUUGCACCCACCAGACGCGGAAAUCGAUCGGAGGAAAUGAUACAAGGAGUAGUGAUGAUACCUACUGCUACUGGAGAUUGGCAACGAAACAGAUCAAACAAGACUUUGCGCAAGGAACCACAAUAAUAUUUGUGGGCUACGCCGGUCUUCCGUCAUACAGAGGCAUGAGCCCGAGCCACAUUAUUGUUGUCCAACACCCAGAUGCUAAAUUUGUUCCUUUGAUCAAAGCCAUGCUGAUCUCACCAAACAAUAGCCACAAUUUACUACGGCCAGGCUGACUGGUGGGUUGGCCCUACGUCUGGUACCUGGCAACGUUUUCCCGACUUGUUUUGUCGCACAAAGUGUUCUUUCUGAUCGUCAUCACAUAACAGCUGGAUUGCAGUAUGCCUAGCAUCAACGCCAGGAACAAUAACCAAUUGAAAAGAGUGGCGAUUCGUACCACAUACCUAGUAUCACUGCGGUAUAGGCCGAGUUGUACCACUGCAUGUGGCAUUUAGCCAAGGGAGCGGCCGGGGACAUACAGCAGAAUUCCCUUGACGAUCGAAAUGCAUGCUGGUUACUACUUACUACUACCUGGUGGCGAGGACCCUGCUUGCACUUGGAGGGUGUUCGCGCAACAUGACGCAGUACCUGCGCAGCCUGAUAUGUUUGUAGCGAGCUACAGGUGCCUUUCCGCCCCGUGCGAGAACUACAACUCCUUCGGCUUCCGCCCAGAGUCGCCUGUCUUUAUUACUGUCAUAGGCAGGUUUCGAUACAGACACAAGCUGCUCGGCACGAUCAUCUUUCUCUCAAGUUGUAGUCUACUGCUGGCAUCUUAGCUCUGGCCUGGCCGCGUUCAUUCAAGUGCCAGAGGUUCGAUAUCAUUCAGGUUAGCAAAACCUCACGCUCAGCUGACAUGCUUUGCUGGCUAGAAUCGCCUCGACCAGUGUCACCGAAGGAUAUCAUCCCUACAGCAGAAGGAAUCAGCCAUGUAGCCGGCCACUUUCACUCGCCCAUCCUAACCAGGGGCAAGACUUUGGUGCCUCUUGUCGGGCCGUACGGCUCGCCAAACUCUCGAUCUUACGAACACGGCGAGGGGCAAACGCUUGUACUUUGAUGAUCAAUAACGGCCAUGACCGCACAGUGCCGUAUGUUCAUAGUGGCUUCUCGAAAGUCUGACAGCAGGAAUCCCACGCCGUGCCCUAGGCGCAACCACGCCUUACUCUGUCCACGAUACUGCCUCCUUGUCGAUGGGUGUCUAAAGCGUCUCUGCAUCCACGGACAGCAAGCGAAGCGAAGCGCUACCUCGAGACGUGUAGAGGAGGGCGAACAGAGCUGCGUUGAAGCUCUCCAUAAGAGGAUGCUUAAGAACAUCCACAAAUCCACCGCGGCCCGCGUUUCGCGUCACCUACUAUGGGACUGUCAGAUAAAGUGGCGGUCUAUGCAACCUGUUUUCCUUCCAAAUGGUUGGACUUGAAGGUCAUCAUUAUUGUUGCAGCUGACACCUCCGGAACAUAUUCUGGUCAAACACUCAGGGUCGUUUUUGACAGAUGAGAAGCACACGCAAGCCGGGGUAGUACUAUGGCAGACAACGGUAAUCCCUGAGUUCGGGUGGCCAGGUCUGAAAGCAAGGGGUACUUCUUACCAGCAAGGAUGCAGCAGCGUAAUAAUGGGGUGCGGAGCCUGCCGACGUCCACACAAUCGGUGAAUAUUGGCGACUCUGCCAUUCGUUCGGUCCUGCAAGACCAGAGAAGUGAAGUGCCGUCUCCAUGCGACUUUGAGAGCGACGAGAAGGGGCAGAUGGAGCCCCACAAGAAGAAGAAGAAGCGGAUUUGCCAUUUCUAUGAGGCAUUUAUCAGGAGCUAAUGUUGGACCACUCACAGACUGGCGGCGGCCGAGUUGCAAAGCUAAUGCAGCACCGCUUCUUUGCAGGACUCCCCACGCCGCUUGACUUGAUAUGACUUGAUACUGGCAGCUUUCUUUUGCUCAAGCCGAGGUGAACAGCUAAAGGAUUCUGGAUAUCGUUUGCAGUACGAUUUAUCCAUCACGGCCACAUUAGUGAACGAUGAGUAUGCAGCCAAGUGGUCGGAUAAGUCCUUUCGUCGUCGUCGUCGUCGUCGUCGUCCUGAAGGAACAGUAAGUGUACGCUGUACAUCGGAAUGCCUUCUACCGGAAGUGUUGCUGCUGUGUGGCCGUGAUCUUACCCGACAAAGACCUCAAAUACAGACUCGGCAGUUCGCAUAUCUGUCCAUGAUUGAUUCCGACCAUUUUGGUAGUUGAUUUAGUUUGACUGCCGUUUGAAUUGCAUUUGAUCGACCACCAUGGUGGUAAAGCCAAGCAGAGAACCAUCGAACCACCAAGCCGUCCACGUCUCAUAUGAACACUACCUAUACCUGCAGUUUCCCUGGUGCUGCGGGCGAAUCCGCCCUUUCUUCCUUCAACCCGAGCGCGGAAUGAAAGCUAGUUGGUCUGCUGCACCAAGGUGGCGCGUAUGCCCGACCCCAAGCCGUGGCAUGCAUGUAUGCUACGAACCCUUACGGGAUGGAUCGCACUCGCAACCCCAAGAAAGGCGGGUUGGAUGCGGAGAAGAUGGUGUCCAGUUGUCGUUGCACGUCGGCAGCAAGCCGCGUUGGUGUGUUGCUGCUCUCCUUCAUGGCCGUCGUCAAUCUCAUCCACAAUGCGAGGCUCUCACAUGAUGGUUUCUUGCCCUCACCGCAUUUCCAACCUGGCUGUCAGACCUAACGUUGACAGUUCGCAUGACCUGGGGGGUCUAGAGUAAACAACUACUCCUCACCCUUAUAGCCCAGUAUAUUCGUAUGCACGAACCUGUCGCGGCCUGGGAUGCAUAAACACUGCAGGAGUUGGGUAGUACAGUCGAGAUCUCCGGCUGAUGGAGCCGAAGCGAGGCCUACUUCAGGUCUGCUUCAUGUGCUUGCUUGCGUCGCUAUAUCUCAUGUGUAACGUCUUCAAGUCUGAUGAUUACGUGAUACAAAGUCUUGGUUGUACAAGAGCAUUGGAGGGCCCUUGGAAGGGGCGGAUCGUUCUUGGAGAACAACGAACCCAGUGGUUUCUGUAGAUGGUCCAAUGUUCAAGUCGUAUAAAUUGAUUGACCCUGCGACUUCAAUGCUGUGUAACCCCUCAAAAACACCCGAAGAUGGAGAAGAUACUAUGCUUGAGCGAGAAACAUCUCGACAUAGGCGCCCUUUUAUGUUGUAGGCCGAAUCAAGAUCGAAUAGAUCCGUGAUCGGACUGUGGCCCGGUCUGCUGGUGGUUCUGAAUCUCAGCCGGUUGCACAGAACACACAACGGGGCCAUGACUGUCACAAGGCUGGCUCAAAGCCUUGGCCUGCCGGAUGGGAGUCUGUAAGCUGGUAACCUUGGCCUCCCAGGACAAACACAUCAUCAUACUGUCCGACCGGAUCAAAGUGAGGCUGUCAUAUAUAUUGUGGAUAGUCAUUCUAAGAUUGUAUUACUAGCAGUAGUUAUUGACAUCAAGCUUGGCUUACAUGAUUUCUUUCAUCCACCUCGAAUUUGAAUCCUGCAGUGCCGGUGAACUGCAUGCUGAAGAAUUCUUAUUAUUAUAAUAAUAUCCCAAAAAAGCGAUUUCUUGACGGACCAUCUGCCCAGCUUCCCAGACAGCUUCACCCAGUCUAUUAAGGUCUUUCAACAAUAAGAGACAAUAUCUGAACUCCGUUAGGGGUGUCGGCGAGGCAACAGUACUACCACUACUAAUACUACUGUAAAAUCUCUCUGCAACCUGAACGCCACGAGCGAAUAUCCGUCCCAGGAGCAAGAAGAUCAAGAUCAAGAACCAAAAUGGACACAGAAACAGAACUACAACCGGACAUCACUCCCGACCACUUGCAAUAUAUCCAAUCUCUCCACGAACCAGCAGCAUGCUACACCCGCUUCUUCGACGCGCUGCUGAUCCCGAAACCGUCGCACAGCGACUUCUUGCACGACCUCCAACUAUUCCGCCAACAACCGUCCAUCAUUGCUCUUCUGCAACAAGCAGGCCAAGACAAUAAAGACGCAUAUCGAGAAUGCACGCGGUCAUUUCUGUCCUCCGAGUUUGCUGACCCCUGGGGUCUCCGCCGAACCACCAACACUACUGCUGGCGUCAGUGACCAGGCAUGCUCGUCGUCGGCGCCGGUCGCGCGGCGGAAGUGGCUAGGACUCGGGACCGGGCGAACUAACAAGAAAGGCAAAGUCACGGCGACGCGCGAAGCUGAAGCUGCUGAGGCGGCGGCCGCUGCUGACCGCGAGGAAGAUCGGCUGCAUCGUCUGCUGGUUCCCCUGUGGAUUGCGUUUCGGAGGAGAAUGUUUCCAGACCAACUUGACGUGGUUCUGGAGGAGUGGGUUGUGAAGAAGCAGCAGGAGCAACAGCGGAGUAAGAUGGACGAGGAGGAGGAGGAGGAGGAGGAGGAGGAGGAGGAGGAGGAGGAGGAGAGCAGCCGCCCUGCUGAUGAUGACGACAACCCGACGGCGACAUCAAGUUCGUCAAAGUCAUUACCACAACCGUCUAAUCCUUCAGGAGCACCACCACCAGCACCUAGAUACCCCGAACUGGGAUUUAGAAGUGCAUCAGCUAGGACGCCGACCACUACCACGGAGAUAACGGGGUCCACUACGAGGGGCCAGCGCGACGGCGACAGCAGUGCCGCUGCCUCGCAAAUGUUUCUGGGCGUCGCGGUCACGGGAUUCUUGAUGAGUGAUAAGCGAGUAAGGAAAUAUAUGGAGAAGCAGUUCAAGCACUGAACUGACCUAAUUGGACCGGAUGGAAUGAGAUGAUGUGAUAUGAUAUGAAAUGAUAUAGGAUGGGUCGUUGUCAAAUCCGUGGCGCCUUCGAUGUAUUACUAGUAUGGGCGCGUUGCAUGAGGCGUCUAGCGCGGGAUUUGGGAGACGUUCUUUUACUUCGAGUUGCCAACAGGGCACCCCAAGAGGAGACUGAUUGCCCAUGCGGCCAAAGAAUACGGUAUGGUGCUGUGGCUGGCUGCGUUGCCGUUGCCGUGGCCGUCGAUGGUUGAUAAUUGUUGGCCUUUGUGGACCUAAGGUACACUGGCACUGCGGACGUGAACGAGAUGCCCGCCCGAGGCCUCAUCGGCGUCGACAUUGACGCCGUGCAUCCAUAUGCCGGUCUAUCUAUGUGGCACGGACUGCAUGAUGAGAUGGGACAGUGGGUAUUGCGCGUCGUUUUGUUUCCAUGCCCCACGACGAUAUCUAUCUACCACUACAUGGCCACAUAUGGACGGAUGAGGUCAGCUAUCCAAGGCAGUACCUACUCGGAUAUCUAUGAUAGGUAUCAGGAAGGACAAGUACGUAGCGUAUUUGAUCCAGCAACCCUGAUUAUGACACUGGCGCCGACCCAACCAACAUCCAAUGCCACUGCAUUUGGGAUUUCCCUCAUAUGUCUUCUUGGAAAAUAAGGGACCCUUGCCAGGUCCUUGAAGCGUCAAGAGAUGCAUUUCUUCCUUCAUAAUCUGGCGCGCAACCCCUCGCGAUCCUGGCUUGAUCUGGACAAUGGUUCAAUCCGAGCGGCAAAAAUGAGCACAGGAAACGCGACAACAAGCCUCGUUGCUUGAGCGGGAUUGUCUUAUCUAUAAGACCUGGUACAGUGCGAUACCAGAGGAGGUUGUGGUGGAUGUUUUGAGCAAAGGAGCAGGAGGAUUGUGAUAUAUCUCCGCCGGCCCAGUUUGUGGCUGGCGGUCAGAAUUCGUGAGAGAAAGAGAGCUCUCCCGGAUGUAUUGACGUAGACAUCUUGCGGAGUGAAGUCGAAUAAGGCAUCUGUGGUGGUCUCUGGGUUACCUCGAACGUGAUUACGUGGUAGGCUGGUGUACUAGUAUGAUGAGGGCUUGUUGAAACCUCGCCGCUCAGGACGUACUCAGUGCAGGUAGAGCGGGAGAAAGCGACGAAUCUCCGGCCUCUAGCAGGGCAGUUUGGGGCCAUCAGUCCAGCCGGAGCCUGUCCGCGGAAGGCUGAAGUGACGCUGACCUCCAGCGGCAUACCAGUAACCAAUCUGUUCAGCUGUCCUCGCAUCCUUUGAUUCAGCCCGACCGACCUCGGGUCUCUCAGAUGGAUCGGCUCCUCGCUCGUCUCAGCGGACAUUGCAACAGGGGCGCCAGGAGGCGGUGUUGGCCUUGGGUUGAGGAUAUUUCCAUUCGACGAUCGACGGAACGGACCUGGGGCGCAAUUUGCUGGCACUGACCUCAAUAGCCUAGGCUACGUCAGCCGGUCCAUCACUUGCAAUCCUCACACUCGGUUUUGUUUUCUUCUUUGCCAGGCUGCUCGACGGACGAACGAACAGUGGCGGUCUCCGGCUGUGACUUGUCCUUGACCUCCUCCUGCUGUGAUGCCUGGUCUCGCUCCUGGUCCUGGCCGUUCUUCUUCUUUAGACUCCGGUCAAUAUGACCGAGAUCCCUGUCCGGAUCGAUGAUAUUACGGACCCGGUUCUUCAGUUCCUUGGUCUCGGGAAAGCCACCGUCCGUUUUACGGUCCCAUAGCACCGUCUCGGUAAUGGUAACUGUGGUAGAGUCCUUUUCGGGUGUGGCAUUUGCAUUGCCAUCCGCCACUGAGUUGGCUUUCCCUUCUGUCACCUGUCCUUGUGUCUGUGACUGGGGUAGAGCAUGGGUCAUGGUCACGGUGAAAAUUCCCCCUGUCACUGGGAUCAGGGCGACCUCGCCGAUACUAGUGCUGAAAGUUUGUAGUAGUUCCUGGGCGUACUGGACGACGAUUUCUUGUCAGCUUAGAUGUUUGACUUGGAGAUGCUGGUUUCCACAUAGUAUGAAUAUGUCUUUCGAGCAUCGGACUAGAUGAAACCAAAC